AUGCCAUCACUCCACCAACAGGAACACCAGAGCAACCACAAUGCUGCCGUUAACCGGACAACAGCUUCUCACUCUUCAACCUCAUCUCCCUCCUCCGCUUCUUCUUUGUCUUCCUCUUUGUCCUCCUCAUCCUCUUCGUGCUCAUCAUCACCUUCUCAUCCACCAGCCAUAGUCCCCAUCUCAGUACAGGUCCCAUCCACAGCUACAGCUCCCUCAGCCAGCGUUGCCUCGACUCCUUGCUGGGCAAUGGACGAAGCUAAGAGAAACAAGAUCCUGAAGGAUUACCGCACCCAGGCUGCUUCAGCUACCUCGACCAUCCUUGCAACUCUCUCAGUGACACCCCUUGAGAAUCUCAAGACCCGAAUGCAGACCCAUGAUUUCAAAAAUCUAACUCACUGCGCUAAAUAUAUUUGGCGCACUGAAGGUUUAAGGGGCUAUACCGCAGGAGCUCUUCCGCCCCUGGCCACCGUGACCAUUGUCCGUGUGACAAAUUUCACCGUCUAUCAAAAUGUAAAGCAUGCCAUAUCUAAGAUAUUCGAGCGGGUCACCGGAGAAUCGCCAUUGGCUACCUACAACACUCCAGGUAGUCUGCCAACAGUUGCUAGUGUAACCUGCUUCACAGUAUCUGGGAUGGUCGGAGGUCUCGCCGCAACCCCUAUAGCUUGUCCCACGCUACAACAGCAACUGGCCACCCGUCGCUACAUAACAUGCCGCGCAUCGGCACCAUUGACGCCUUCAGACAGAUUGUCGCCCGCCCACGGGUACCGUGGUCUAUAUACCGGUGUGCGUUUGCACGCGAUCCGCGACACCAUUGGCACCGGCCUGUACUUUGGCAUCUAUGAGACAUCCAAGCAACUCAUUUCCACCUACCUUGGGGAGCAUACCUCGCCGUUUGGAGCACCAAUGGUUGCAGGCGCAUUGUCUGGGGUUAUCCCCUGGUGUUGUACCUAUACCUUGGAUACCAAGAAGACUCGUGCGCAGAGUAUCCUGCUUGGCAAGACCAAGGAGAUCGGUGAAGCUACUAUGGCGGUUGCACGAUCCUCGAUGUACAAGGGCAUCUCCGUCUCGAUUGCGCGAACUGCCCUUCAGAAUAUGAUUCUUCUGACUACGUUUGAGUAUUUGAAGGUUAAGAUUAACCAGCUCAAGGGGUAG